CGUGGGCAAGUAAAUACAAUGGGGCGGAGCUUAGGUUGCUGUAAGGAGGCUCGCGGGAGUGGCGAAGGACACUCAUCAGAAUUGUUGAGUUUUCCUCAGGCUGGUGUGGGAACACCAGCCUGUGGAGAGCCUCCUUUCCUCAGUGCUGAGGGCUCAGGGUUCUUCCCUGCUUGAACAUUAGCUGAGGAGGCAGCGGAGCGGGCCUCCCUGGUCCUUCACCAUGAGGGCCUUCCGGGAGUUGCCAACGCCGUUGCUGGUGAAUUUGAUCGGCUCGCUGCUAGGGUUUGUGGCCACAAUCACCCUCAUCCCAGCCUUCCGUGGCCACUUCAUCGCCGCCCGCCUCUGUGGCCAGGACCUCAACAAAUCCGGCCAGAAGCAGAUCCCAGAGUCUCAGGGAGUGAUCAGCGGUGCUGUUUUCCUUAUCAUUCUCUUCUGUUUCAUCCCUUUCCCUUUCCUGAACUGCUUUGUGGAGGAGCAAUGUAAAGCUUUCCCCCACCAUGAAUUUGUGGCCCUGAUAGGUGCGCUUCUUGCCAUCUGCUGCAUGAUUUUCCUGGGCUUCGCGGAUGAUGUUCUGAAUCUGCAAUGGCGCCAUAAGCUGCUGCUGCCCACAGCUGCCUCACUACCUCUCCUCAUGGUCUAUUUCACCAACUUUGGCAACACAACCAUUGUGGUACCCAAGCCCUUUCGACCGAUUCUAGGCCUGCAUUUGGACUUGGGGAUCCUGUACUAUGUCUACAUGGGGCUGUUGGCAGUGUUCUGUACCAAUGCCAUCAAUAUCCUAGCAGGAAUUAAUGGCCUAGAGGCUGGCCAGUCACUGGUCAUUUCUGCUUCCAUCAUCAUCUUCAACCUGGUGGAGCUGGAAGGUGAUUGUCGAGAUGAUCAUGUUUUUUCCCUCUACUUCAUGAUACCCUUUUUUUUCACCACCUUGGGAUUGCUCUAUCAUAACUGGUACCCAUCACAGGUGUUUGUGGGAGAUACCUUCUGUUACUUUGCUGGCAUGACCUUUGCCGUGGUGGGCAUUUUGGGACACUUCAGCAAGACCAUGCUACUCUUCUUCAUGCCCCAGGUGUUCAACUUUCUCUACUCACUGCCUCAGCUCCUGCACAUCAUCCCCUGCCCUCGCCACCGUGUGCCCAGACUUAAUACCGACACAGGCAAACUGGAGAUGAGUUAUUCCAAGUUCAAGACAAAGAGCCUCUCUUUCUUGGGCACCUUUAUUCUAAAGAUAGCAGAGAGUCUCCAGCUAGUGACAGUGCGCCAGAGUGAGAAUGAGGAUGGUGCCUUCACCGAGUGUAACAACAUGACCCUCAUCAACUUGGUACUUAAAGUCUUUGGGCCCAUGCAUGAGAGAAACCUCACACUGCUCCUCCUGCUGCUACAGAUCCUGGGCAGUGCUGUUACCUUCUUCAUUCGGUACCAGCUUGUCCGACUCUUCUAUGAUGUCUGAGUCCCUGGUCGUUGCUCUUAUUUCACAUUUCCAGGAUUCCUGACUCAAGCCAUCCUCAUUCAAGAACAAGAUUGCCUCUCAGCCCGGGCCCCUCACACACCUCAUUCUUCUUAACAUUUCCUUUCCCCUGUGAUUAUUGACAUACUGGCCCUUUCUUGCCCUCCAGUGACUAUUGAUUGGAUUUUACCUGUAGUUUUCUUCAACUUGCCACUCUCCCUAUCCAUCCCAUCUUUGCAGCUCCCUAAGUUGGAAAACUGCAUUGACUUUCAAGAAAUAUGUUGGACCUGGGAAUAGAACCCUGGGUGGUGAUGGUGACACAGGCUUGAGGAUAACUUCACAUUAGACUAUAAAUUAAGUAUUCUAAUUAGUAAAAGCAGGUGGGGUGUUGGGGAGCACAGGUGCUCCCAGUGGUAACAAUAAAGUGUUGUCUUUUUCUUGUUCCUGUA